CUAUAUAAGAGGCCGUUUGGGAAGUUUGUGUCUUUCUUAUUUUCUCUUUUCUCAUUUCACAAUCCAAAUCUUUUUACGAAUCUCUUUUGAUAUCACGAAUUUCAUUUUCGUUACUCCAUUAAAAGUCCGUCUUUUGGCCUAUUUCAGUUCAAUUUUUCAUCAAAAUGCAUACUCCAAACCUUCUGAUAGGAAUUUCAUUCCUCUCCACCGUCAUUACUGCAGCCCCUUUCUCUGUUGAUAAUGGCUUCCUCGCUGCUGUGACAGCAACAGAUACGGGCCCAUUGCUAGCGAUCCAGACCGCAGCCCAUGGCUCACUUUCUAAUAUUGCUCCUCCUCCCGCACUAGCCGGAGGAAGCGACAGCCUCACCAAUUUCAAACUUGUCGCCUUUAACGAGAACAUGGAAGUUGCAUUUUUUGAAGAACUCGUCUUCAAUAUCUCCAACAAUGUCGCAGGAUAUACAUUCGAUGACCAAGGUAGUAAAGAUGAGGCGCUUACAAAUCUGAAUGCAAUCGUCGCACAAGAAAAAUUGCAUUCAUUAAAUGCAGAGAAAGCCAUCGUUCGUUUCACCAACGAUACCAAUGCCAUCAUCCAACCAUGCACCUACAACUUUGCGGUCACCAAUUUCGAGGAAGCCAUAGCUACAGCAUCUCUCUUCACAGAUGUGGUCAUGGGUACACUAGGCGAUAUCCAAACAGUUUUCGCCACAAAUGAUGAUUCCGGAUUCAUCCGGGGGGUUGCAGCAACACUUGGACAAGAAGGCGAACAAAAUGGGUAUUUCCGCCAAAUUAUGCAUAAAAUUCCAUCGGCUCUUCCUUUUUUGACACCAAGUACAAGGGAUUUCGCUUUUAGUGCUUUAAAUCAAAACUUUAUUGUCGAAGGAAGUUGCCCAAAUAGUAAUACAAUCCCUCUCAAGGUCUUUCAAAAGCUCACUGCUACACAACAUGAUAGCAUCGAUGCAAAUUCCGUCAUUACCUUCACAUUUCAGCUUAAUGCAACUCAGGACUAUAACACCACUUGGGGCGAAAAGUGCAAAGGUCUUUCACUUGUGUACGUCAAUCAACAGAACAAACCUGUUACUCAACCAUUCGAAAGCAUCAGUUUAAAGGAAGACGGAAAGACGGUUGUUAUUACUGCCAAAUUCCAAUUUGAUGCAGGUGCUGCUAAUGGCGCUACUGGAAAUGGUCUAACUUUGGCUGCUUUGGCCGUUGGAGAUGACUUUGCCAAUAUUUCGGACGUUUCUGCUAAAGCUGUUUUUGGACCGGCGCCGAUUGAGGUUAAUUGAUUGAAUGUUGAUGAAAUGGGGACAUCGAGGUACAGGGAAGAUUUUCAAUAGCAUAGCGUGGAGUCACGUGGUGAUGGGUUGUACUAGAUGGCGUUUGGCUUGAGUUUUCUUUUCCUUUUCUAAUGAGAGGUGAUGCCAUCUCUGCUUUCAUGAUGUUUCUGUUUUGGAUUGGCGCUUGGCUUAGCAUCUUCAUAUGUAUGACUUCGAGAAGAAGAUAUAUUUCAAACACUUGAUUAAAAC